AUGGUGAAGAUACUGGCCCUCCUGCUGCUUCAAGUAGCAUACGUUUUUGGAUGUGGUGCACCUGCCUUCCAGCCUCUUACCAACAGGGUGGUGAAUGGAGAGGAUGCUCGCCCCAAUAGCUGGCCUUGGCAGAUCUCCCUGCAGGUGAAGCACGGCAGCCGUUUCCAUCACACUUGUGGAGGCACUCUGGUUGGACCUCGUUGGGUGCUGACUGCUGGACACUGCAUCUGGCCAGGAGAUGUGUACCGUGUGGUGUUGGGAGAGCACGACCAGAGCCAGCAGGAGGGAACGGAGCAGAUCAUCGAAAUUAUGAGAAUCAUUGUUCACCCCAACUGGGACAUUGACAUGGUGGCUGAUGGCAAUGAUCUGGCCCUGCUGAAACUGGAUAAGGCCCCCAUUAUGACUGACAGCAUUGAAGUGGCUUGUCUUCCAGAGGCCGGAGAGAUCCUCGCCCACGGGAAAGAGUGUUACAUCACCGGCUGGGGCAACCUUUACACCCACGGCCCCAUGCCUGAUAAGCUGCAGCAGGCCAUGCUGCCUGUGGUGGAGCACAGCGUGUGCAGCCGCAGCGACUGGUGGGGCAUGAACGCCAAGACCACCAUGGUCUGUGCAGGAGGAGACGAAGUGUCUGGAUGCAAUGGAGACUCUGGCGGUCCUCUCAACUGUUUGGGUCAGGACGGCAGGUGGUAUGUUCACGGUGUGACCAGCUUCGUUUCCUCUCGCGUCUGCAAUGAAGUGAAGAAACCAACUGUGUUUACUCGCAUCUCUGCCUUCACCGAAUGGCUCAAUGAUGUCAUGCUGCAAUACUGAGGAUCUACUGGACACCAACUGAUCAGUAAUGAGCUCCCACUAUUUUCUGUUCGUUUUCAAGUUUUGACAUCAGGGUCAAACUCAUAAAGAAGUGUCACUUAAAACAUUACAUUAAUUCAAAAAACAAUAUAUUGAAAUAA